AUGCACGCGGGGCUCCACUCGAGCGCGCGCUUCACAGCUACGCUGAUACCGACGCACGCCGGCGAGGGUAGGUAUUCCCUCGUGGACGGUGAGGAGGCGAGGGUGGCGGCUGAGGUGGGGAACGCCGAGCAACGGUCGUAUCGUGCUCGUGCACUACUUCUCUCUCUGUUCUUCCCCCUUCCUCUGCUAGCUGAUUUGCUUCUUUCCCUACCCCGAUUCUAUCUCAAUCCUGUAUCAAUUCAUUGUAGUGUACCCCGGACAAUACAGGUCGCAGCUCUGCACGACGUUUCGGCGGGGCGAAGGCGGCGGCCCACGGGUCCGAACGGUGAACACCUUCUCUCCGCGUUGGAGGCGCUCGGCGUGGACAAUUGCCGCGUCGAGGCCAGCGGCGGCGGCGAGCAUAAUGUUGCCAGCUUGGCUCACACACUGGGCAAUAAUUUACGCAAGAAAUUAGUUCAACUAACGUUUCAUCAAUUGGUAUGUUCAGAGGAUGGGGAUCAGCUUGCGAUGCGGCUUAUUUCUGCACCCAUGGAGUACUAUAUUGACCCAGAUGGCAGAGGAACUGUUGAGAAAAUCAGUACUAAAUUGAGGGAGGGUUGCCCUAGUUACUUCAAUGAAUCAGACUGCAAAUAUUACUUGGCAGUGGAAUACUGGAAUGCCUUGAGAGAGCAUCUAUGACGAAUAACCCUGAGGAAAGAGAGAUUCUUGCUAGAGAUGCUUCAACCUCUUAACUAAGAUUCCAGACUCUGCUGAUUUGAGUGCCAUAUGCAAGAGAUUUGAGAACCUAAGUUUAGUCACUUGCUGUGGUAUUUUUCAGCCUAAAAUAUAUCAAUCUUGAUAACUUUUUUUUUCAUAUCUGCUAGCUGAUUAUAUUCAUUUUUCUUGUGUGGGGGUUCGGAUUUUGUGAGGAUGUAGUCCGGUUGCCUCUGCAGAAAGCUCAAGCAUUUGAUUCCAAUGCCGAUGUUAUCAAUGGUCAAAUUGAUCCAAGGCACCAUUAUAUGAUUAUGUUGCAGCAUGAACAAUGCUAUGAGAUAGUUAUGAAUGCUCUACGCACCCUCAAGGGUGUUGGCAAAGUGGAAUGCAAGGUGCAGUUAAGUCAUCUGGUAGCAACUGUUGUAGAUCCAUUUUCUCGGAGCAAGUAUAUCAAACAGAUCAUCCAACUUAGCGUCCGAUGGCCGGAGACAGUUUUCCAUGAGCAUCUAUACAGGACACUGUUGGAGUUCGGUCUAGAAAAUGAGCUUUUGGAGUAUGGUGGUUCUGAUUUGGUUUCUUUUCUGCAGAGUGCUGGUCGUAAGCAUCAAGAAGAGCUGAGCCCUAAUCCUUGUUUUUCCACUAAAAUUUGGAACUACGGAUACAUGAUUAGUACUUUCAUCAAACUGGAAACAUUAUCUGGUGUCGGUGAUAAUUAUCCUAUUCUGGGGUUUGUCCUUUGACAUACAAGUAAUAUUUUAAUCUCCAUCAUUUAUAUGGAAUAACAGCAUA